AGCAGCGGCUGCUGCAGCGGCGGCGGCGGGGACAGCAGUAGUGGUGGUGCUGUCAAGCCGUUGGAGAAAUGGGAGACCCAGGGUCGGAGAUAAUAGAAUCUGCCCCUCCAGCUGGGCCUGAGGCAUCUGAAUCAACAACGGAUGAAAACGAAGAUGACAUUCAGUUUGUUAGUGAAGGACCAUUAAGACCUGUUCUUGAAUACAUUGAUCUGGUCAGCAGUGAUGAUGAAGAACCUAGCACCUCUCAUAGUGAUGAUAAUUUUAAACAUAAAGACUAUAUUGACCAUCAGAAGGAUAAAGUUGCAUUAACUCUGGCUCGUCUAGCCCGUCAUGUUGAAGUAGAGAAACAGCAAAAAGAAGAGAAGAAUAGAGCAUUCAGGGAAAAAAUCGAUUUUCAACAUGCGCAUGGGUUACAAGAAUUGGAGUUUAUUCAAGGACAUUCUGAUACAGAAGCAGCAAGACAGUGUGUGGACCAGUGGCUAAAAAUGCCAGGACUCAAAACAGGUACAAUUAAUUCUGGAACAAAAAGUUCAUUCCAAAGAGGAGGCCAAAUGCGGAAGUGUGGGAAGCCAAUUUCAUGUCCUAUAAUGCACUGUAACAAGGAAUUUGACAAUGGGCACCUUCUCUUAGGGCAUUUGAAAAGGUUUGAUCACUCUCCAUGUGAUCCAACCAUUACAUUACGUGGACCUUUCUCCAGUUCCUUUGCUUGUGUAAUAUGUUGUAAAAAUUUUGUUACUCAGCAGCAAUAUAGGGAUCAUCUUUUUGCUAAGGAAGCUGAAGAUGAUGGACAUAGCAACAACCUUCUUCCUCAGGUUAUUCAGUGUUUUGCAUGUCCAAGUUGCUUUCUUCUUUUUAGCAAUAAGGAUGACUGUCUAAAGCAUAUGUCUGGAAAGAACCAUUUCCACCAAAGCUUUAAGAAUCAUUUCCAUCAAAGCUUUAAACUGGGCGCUGACAAGGGAAUAGCACAUCCAGUGUCAUUUCCAUCUUAUGCAAAGAAACUUUUGAUCUCUCUGUGCAAAGAUGUUCCAUUUCAAGUAAAAUGUGUGGCUUGCCACCAGACACUGCGUUCUCAUAUGGAGCUCACUGCCCAUUUCAGGGUUCGUUGUCGUAGUGCUGGACCUGUAGCUAUAGCUGAGAAAAGCAUUACUCAGGUUGCAGAAAAAUUCAUAUUAAGAGGCUAUUGUCCAAAUUGCAACCAGGUCUUUAUGGAUGAAACCAGCACCCUAAUUCACAAGCAGAAUUCAGGACACAAAAUCCGAGUCGCUAACUCAGUCCAAGAAUCAGUCUUACUAUAUUGCCACAGUAGUGAAGGGAACAGACCUCCUUCUGACUUGAAUUUAUUAGAUCAACCACAGCUUUCAUCACUUAAAAGAACUAUGUCUAUUAAAGAAUCUAGCUCACAGGAUUGCAGCAUGAUUCCAAAAAAGAAGAUGAAUUUAGAAGAUAAAAGGCAUGAAGGUGUGGUUUGUGUCCAGAAAGAAAGGUCAGUAAUUAAAACCUGGUUUUGUGAAUGCAAUCAGCGAUUCCCAAGUGAAGAUGCAGUAGAAAAGCAUGUUUUUUCAGCAAACACAAUGUGUUACAAGUGUGUGGUCUGUGGAAAGGUGUGCGAAGAUUCAGGGGUCAUCCGUUUACACAUGAGUCGUAUUCAUGGAGGGGCACAUUUAAAUAACUUUUUUUUUUGGUGUCGGACAUGCAAAAAGGAGUUAAUGAAGAAAGAUACUAUCAUGGCACAUGUGACUGAAUAUCAUAAUGGGCACAGAUAUUUUUAUGAGAUGGAUGAGAUACAAGAUGAAACUUUGCCAUCAUCCUCUAUGGUGAGUAAUUUGGCUGCUAACAAACCUCCUUUAGCUAUUACUGUUGAUCAUAUCCCAGCAAAUAGCCCUCCAAGAGGCAAAUGGCAAUGCCAAAUUUGUGAAGAUAUGUUUGAUUCCCAAGAAUGUGUGAAAAAACACUGCUUGUCUUUGGCAAGUCACCAAUUUCAUAGAUACAGCUGUGCCCAUUGCAAAAAGACUUUUCAUAAGAUAGAAACCUUAUACCGGCAUUGCCAAGAUGAACAUAACAAUGAAAUAAAGAUUAAAUACUUCUGUGGACUCUGUGAUCUUAUCUUUAAUGUGGAAGAAGCAUUUCUGAGUCAUUAUAAGGAGCACCACAGCACAGAUUAUGUGUUUGUGUCAGAAAAAACUGAAACUUCAAUUAAAACUGAGGAAGAUUUUCCAGUUAUAGAGACCGGUAUCCUGUUAACCUGUGGUUGCCGUGAGAGUUACAUCUGUAAAGUCAACAGAAAGGAAGAUUAUGGUAGAUGUCUUCAAAUCCUGCUAGAUAAAGGUAAACUAUGGUUUCGCUGCAAUUUGUGUUCAGCAACAGCACAGAAUUUAGCCAGCAUUAACUCUCAUAUCCUUCAAGUACAUGGAGAAGAAAAGAGGGAUAAAGAGGAGCAGCAGUAUGUAAUCAAAUGUGGCAUUUGUACCAAAGCAUUUCAUAAUCCUGAGAGUGCUCAGCAGCACUUCCAUAGAAAACAUGGCUUCUUACAGAAACCCAGCGUGGCUCAUUUUGGAUCUGAAAAAGGGAGCACAUACAAGUUUACUGCCAGUGCCCCACGUACAGAGAAAAAACCAAAACAGGCAGUGAGUUGUCCAAAAAACUCAGACAUCGAGAAAGGAGCUGAAAAUGACCUAAGCUGGCAGAAUAUAGAGGAAGAAGUUGAGCUUCCAGAUUUGGAUUACCUGCGAACCAUGACUCAUAUAGUCUUUGUAGAUUUUGAUAAUUGGUCAAACUUUUUUGGUCAUCUACCAGGGCAUCUUAACCAAGGAACAUUUAUUUGGGGCUUUCAAGGAGGAAACACGAACUGGAAGCCUCCACUCAAUUGUAAGGUCUAUAAUUACUUGAACAGAAUUGGAUGCUUCUUCCUUCAUCCUCGCUGUAGUAAAAGAAAAGAUGCUGCUGAUUUUGCCAUAUGUAUGCAUGCUGGCCGUCUAGAUGAACAACUACCCAAGCAAAUUCCUUUCACCAUCCUCUCAGGAGAUCAAGGUUUUCUGGAGCUAGAGAAUCAAUUUAAGAAGACUCAGAGGCCAGCUCAUAUACUAAACCCUCACCACUUAGAGGGAGAUAUGAUGUGUGCCUUGUUAAAUAGCAUUUCUGAUACCACCAAAGAAUGUGACAGUGAUGAUAAUGUGGGAGCAAAAGGUACUUCAGUUGAAGAAUUCAGUUCCACAGAAGAUGUGGAAUUAGAAGAAGCUAUUAGAAGAAGUCUUGAGGAAAUGUAAUUAAAGAUAUAACCACAAAACAUCAAGUGGCCUUGAAGAGACUCAGGAUAAUGAAUUCUUGAGUUUGUUUUCUAAAGGAGACCAGAAACCUACUAGUAUAAACGUAUCUGAAAACAUGUUUUUGUGUUGAUAUGUUCACAAUAUCAUAUUUGCUUUGUAUUUUUUGUGCUACUGUACAAAAUUGUAUCAAAGGAAUAGAAUACAUGUUAAUGCAUAUAUAGAUCAUGUAUUCUAAUAUAUAGGUAUCACAGUUUCCCAACUAACUUAGAAUUCAUAUAUUUAGGUUAAAAGGAUUAAAGAAAAAAAGGAAAGUUUUGCCUAUUGUUUGGUUUCCAAGUAUCAUUAGUUCCUUUUUUUCUUUUUUUUUUGUACUGUACAGAUGAUUCUAGUUUAUUUUUUUAGGAUUGAAAAAUGAGUAUAAAUAAAGGUGCCAUAACUCAAGUUUUUCCGUAAAUUCUAUGUCUCAUCUGGCACUAAUAUAUAAUACCUUUGAGAUCUUUGGUUAUGAUUAUUAGGAGGGUAAUGGAAAUUGAUAAUUAAAUCAGAUUAAAAAUUU